GCGGGGGCGAAGGCGGGGCGGCCGCGCCGUGUCCGGGAUCCAGGCCUGGCGGGGGUUGUUCGCGCGGCCGGCCGGCUCUGCCUGCACCGGUGUCGGCUCCCCAGCGGGGCCUCGCUCGGGUCCCCCCAUGUGACGGCGCCCCGCGGAGCCUGAGCGAGCUGCGGGUCCGUGCGGAGCCGGAGGCGGGAGGAACAUGACAUCGCGGAGAUGGUUUCACCCCAACAUCACUGGUGUGGAGGCAGAGAAUCUUCUGCUGACCAGAGGAGUCGAUGGCAGUUUUUUGGCAAGGCCCAGUAAGAGUAACCCUGGAGACUUCACUCUGUCCGUUAGAAGAAAUGGAGCCGUCACCCACAUCAAGAUUCAGAACACUGGGGACUACUAUGACCUCUAUGGUGGGGAGAAGUUUGCCACCUUGGCUGAACUGGUCCAGUAUUACAUGGAGCAUCACGGGCAGCUGAAAGAGAAGAAUGGAGAUGUUAUUGAGCUCAAGUACCCACUGAACUGCGCAGACCCGACCUCUGAAAGGUGGUUCCAUGGUCACUUGUCUGGAAAGGAAGCAGAGAAACUGCUGACGGAGAAGGGGAAGCAUGGCAGCUUUCUUGUCCGAGAGAGCCAGAGCCACCCUGGGGACUUCGUUCUGUCCGUCCGAACCGGCGACGACAAAGGGGAGAGCAAUGACGGCAAGUCCAAAGUGACACACGUCAUGAUCCGCUGUCAGGAACUGAAGUACGAUGUUGGCGGAGGAGAGCGCUUUGACUCUUUGACAGACCUGGUGGAGCAUUACAAGAAGAACCCCAUGGUGGAGACGCUGGGCACAGUCCUGCAGCUCAAGCAGCCCCUCAACACAACUCGUAUUAAUGCUGCUGAAAUCGAAAGCCGGGUUCGAGAGCUAAGCAAGCUAGCUGAGACCACAGAUAAAGUCAAACAGGGCUUUUGGGAAGAAUUUGAGACGCUGCAGCAACAAGAAUGCAAACUUCUCUACAGCCGAAAAGAAGGACAGAGACAAGAAAAUAAAAACAAAAACAGAUACAAAAACAUCCUGCCCUUUGAUCACACCAGGGUCGUCCUGCACGAUGGGGAUCCCAACGAGCCUGUUUCUGAUUACAUCAACGCGAACAUCAUCAUGCCUGAAUUUGAAACCAAGUGCAACAAUUCAAAGCCCAAAAAGAGUUACAUUGCCACUCAGGGCUGCCUGCAGAACACGGUGAAUGAUUUCUGGAGGAUGGUGUUCCAGGAGAACUCUCGAGUCAUUGUCAUGACCACAAAGGAGGUGGAGAGAGGGAAGAGUAAGUGCGUCAAGUACUGGCCUGAUGAGUAUGCGCUCAAAGAAUAUGGGGUCAUGCGUGUUAGGAACGUCAAAGAAAGUGCCGCUCAUGAUUACACCUUAAGAGAACUCAAGCUCUCCAAGGUUGGACAAGGAAAUACAGAGAGAACCGUCUGGCAGUACCACUUUCGGACCUGGCCGGACCAUGGCGUGCCCAGUGACCCUGGAGGUGUGCUGGACUUCCUGGAGGAGGUGCACCACAAGCAGGAGAGCAUCGUGGACGCAGGCCCUGUCGUGGUUCACUGCAGUGCUGGAAUCGGCCGGACAGGAACAUUCAUCGUGAUUGAUAUCCUUAUUGACAUCAUUAGAGAGAAAGGUGUGGACUGCGACAUCGAUGUUCCUAAAACCAUUCAGAUGGUUCGGUCCCAGAGGUCAGGGAUGGUCCAGACAGAAGCACAGUACAGGUUCAUCUACAUGGCCGUCCAGCAUUACAUCGAGACGCUGCAGCGCAGGAUUGAGGAGGAGCAGAAAAGCAAGAGGAAAGGACAUGAAUAUACCAAUAUUAAGUAUUCCUUGGUGGACCAGACAAGUGGGGAUCAGAGCCCCCUGCCACCCUGCACCCCAACACCACCCUGUGCAGAAAUGAGGGAGGACAGCGCUCGGGUCUACGAGAACGUGGGCCUCAUGCAGCAGCAGAGGAGCUUCAGAUGAGCCCCACUGGUGGCGGCACGCAGAUGCGAACUUUCACCCCUUCCCUAAAAAUGUCAAGAAUAGACGAGAAAGUUUCCAGGACCCAUGUGUUCAGAAGCUCGCCCGCCCGGGUUGACUGACUGCUUUUUGAGAAGUGAAGUUUGGAACCAUUUGAAGAGCACGAGUCUCGAGUCUAAUCGUCACCUCCCUUCCUCAGAUAAGGGGAAACCGCUCUGCGAUGUCAACAGUGCUGUUUUCCGAGAAUUGGUUUUGAAUCGUGGAAACAGCUAAAUUGUGCUCUGCAUUUUACACAUUAUGGGACUCAAAUUCUAGUUAUGGGCAGGAUUUUGUUUCUUUUUAUGACCUUAACUGAUCUGAUUUUUUACCCCUCUCUCUUUGGGGAAUCAUGGGCCCCUUGUAAGAAGAAAGGAUUUGGGGAAAUUCAGGAACAGCCUCCCCCAAGAAGCCAGCAGUCUGUAAACCACUGCUCAUCUUAUACCGACUGUCCAGGGGUUGCUUAGGGUCGCUUAUCAUCAGAGACUCACUGUUUAGUUCCAGGGACCGGGAGGCCAGGCUGUAGGGUUGCACUGGUGAGGGACUCUGGCGGUGCCACACCCAGUGGGAGAGCAGGAGGGCUGGCCUCGACUUUACAGCCAAUCGAUGAUGACCGCAUGAGUCCACCCUUAAGACCCAACCAUUCCUUAGCGUCCCACCUGUCACCACCACGGCAUCAGGAUUCUCUGCGCUCCCUGAAGAUGAUGAUAUGUCGGGGCACAUUCAACACAGACUGACCCUAGUGAAAUGAUCAUUCAGCCAGUGAUGAGCGUUGGUAUAAAAAGUCAUGGCUGAAAGGCCGUGGGAAUUGGCGACUGACAAGUCUUUCCUCUGAAGAUGACCCCUUGGCUUCAGGUGUGGACAGAGAAGCUGUUUUGGGAAAAGUGACCAUGUUGUCUUUGCACUGGAAUCAUCAUCUUGUGUUAGUAAGACCCCUGGAUGAGUGAGUGAGCGGCCUUUGGUCCUCACUUGUUCCUGACUGACCCGCCCCGCCCCCAUUCUUCAGUCCUAUCUGGGCUUGCAUGACGCCUACUGUCCUGUGGGGCUCACUUGGGAAGUUGGAAGGCCGAGACACUGAGCUUCUGUCUCAAUGUGUCUUCCAGGUUGCUUCUCCUGGUGUCUGUGUAGCCUCACUGGCAGGGUGGCUGGGCCUUUCUGUGCCCCCCAGGGCUCAAUGGCAGAAGUAGCCAGGCCUUCCUCAGAUUCAGGCCUGGAAUGACCGUGACUUCUCUGGCUGCCUGUGAGGGAAUCAGACUGAGCUUGAGGUGUGUAGUGGAGGUGCCAUGCUCUGGGGCCACCAGUCUGUCAGACAGCCCCCGCCCAUGCCAUGGAAGCAAGUGGCCGUAGUUAGCAAGAGCCCAGGCUGCUUGUAGUAGCUGGUGUAAACGGUGGGUCAGAUGAGAAAUGUACAGUGCGCAUUUUAGAAGCUUCUGAGCCAAUUUUUCUGUCACUGCACACGUUUUGCACCAUCCUCACCCGAAGACCUGGUGUGGUAAGGGAGGGUGUGUUUGGGGACGGAUGGAAGCUCGUUCCCGAAGCUCCACAGAUGGGUGAAGGUGAUGCUUCAUCGGCCCUUGGCUGAGCACAAAGAGCGGCAGUCCUGGCCAGAACUCCCGUCAGCUCCAGUCAGCUACUUGUGCUCUAACCAAGCAGCAGGAUUUGCUAAUGUGCUGCCGUAAGUGCCUUCUCCAGAGACGCCCCCUCUGCCUGUGUGGUGUCGAGAGCUGGUUUCAGCGAAAGCAUCCGGAUUGACGCUCAUGACCAAACGCUGGUACAGCCUCCACUCACAUUCUUUGGCUUCGGUUCCUGAAAGGAAGGACUGGACCCUGCCGCCCUGCGAUCGCUCCUUUCUGAGGCCUCCCAUUCCCUGACAGCCCGAGGUAGGUCCAGGAGCAGAGAGGCCACCAUUUUCUCAGAGCACAUGUGCUGAUCCUUGCCCCUUCUCCACUGGACUCAUUGCUUCAGAGCACAGCGUGGCCUGGCCGUGCUCCCUCAUCAGGGGAAACCUGUGACAAGAUCAGCCGUGUUCCCUCAUCGGGGGAACGCGGAGGCUGCAGUCUUCUCACAAACCUGUGACGAGAUCAGUUCAGCGCUCACAGCCAGGACCCCGGACCCUAUUCUCUUUAGCACAUUGUCACAAUGAACCGUGUUGGGGAUGGUGGUAAUAUCUAGACUCUGGACAUUGGGGACAAUGUCUCUCACCAGCACACAGAGAUUGGCUGUCCAGCUGAUCUACUGAGUUAACGUCUCUGCCUGCAGCUCAAGAUCCCGGAGCGGAAGACCCGUUCUUAGCCCACUGUGUUCAGUACAGCAAGUGGUUUCCUCCGGGUUCCCCUCCUAGAAGCCAGCCCGUUGUCACACCAGUAAGGAAACAGAUUCCUAGGAGUCCCCAGGUCUCCCGGAUCUGUCAAGUAUGGUGGUUGCAGGGUCUCAGGAGAGGGCACUUGGUGUGUUGGAGGCAGGUGCGGUGUCUGCAAAGGUGUGAUAUUGGAGGUGUGGAGUUGAAAUAGUGGGAAUGAAAGUUGCAGAGUUGGUUCAUGAGCAAGUCAGAGGACACAGGGCCAGAGUAGCCAGUGUGUGGACAUCGGCUUCCCAGGCACAGAGUGACGGCAUUGAGCAGAAUGGACACGUGGUCCCCUCACUGCUGAGCCUUUUAAAUUAGAAACAUAGGAUUUUAUAUUUCGGGGAAAAAGUUGUCUAGCACAUGGUAUUGGGGUUUCUGGAAAGCCACACUUAAGAGUCUUACCUAGUAAGAAGGCUUGCCACUCUGAUGGGUGGCCCGAGUGAUGCCCUGGGUCGCCUCUGCCAUUGCGGUCGGCACCUUUCUUAUGGCAAAGCUGGGGUGAGAAAAUGUCAGCUGUCAUCAGCUCUGCUUUUACAGAGCUGGUGGCCGUCAGUGGCUCAGAAGUGGUCAGCAUUAUUUCUAGGGUGUUUCCUGGGGGUUCAUGAACAUGAGCAUUGUUUUCCUGUGCCGGGACCGAGGCAGGUGCACUCGUGAGGAGUUCUGUAGAUUCGUGAUCCUUAGGGAAACAGACUACAGGCCGAAGUGCAAGCCCAGGGCAGGCUUUGCCACUCUCCAUUGUUGGGGACACUUUACAGCACACAGUCACCCUGGUUUCAGAUGCCUUUCUUAGGCUCUGUGCUAGUCUGCCAUUUUGUUGAGUCUUCUCCCCGCUUUAUGGAAAGCCGAGCUCCUGUGUAGAGUUCGCUGCAUUUCCUGUCACUAGUGGCCUGCCUCUCUUUCCGGGGGGCAGAGGGGGGUGCAGGGCACCCGUGGGAGCAGAGAGCAGUUGUGUGGUGCUGUGGAACUUGGCUGUGCAUCCAACUGAGCUUAACAAGUGUUCCUCUCAAACCUUAGUCAUGGGGUUAAUAAUUUGCCUGUUUAUUUAUGACCUAAUUGUGACUCUUUUAUUAAUAAAAGCUAAUGGGAAAGGCCCCUCCCUGAGACUGAUGACUAGACUCACAUUUAACUUCCCCACAGCAUAUGAAGCAUCAGGCAGAAUAUUAAAGAAAUAUACUAUUUUAUUGAUAAAUCUGUCCUUUAAAAGGAACAUGUUUUUGGGUGUCAUCAUUUUGGUGUGAAUCAUGUAAAUGUUGGCUGUUUGCUGCUGUUUAUUACACUUUAGUGUCAGGAGAUGCACUCAGCUGCCUUUCUGCCCACACACAUGCAGUCUGCGAUUUUGUAAGUGACAUUAACGAAUAGUUUGUGUAGGGAAACCUCAGAGGUCGUCACCUCCCCACCUGUGUCCUGAGUGUCAGCUGUUUUCUUAGCUGACGUCAUCAGAGUAUAGCUGCGUAUACUCCGUGGAUCGUCAGAGGCAGUGUAUUUGUGAGCUGUCUGGAACUGAAUAGUAGAAUAAAACCAUUUUCUUGUA